ACACAUCACUCGACGCGCACUCCAUCUUCCAUUGCCCCCAUCAGUCAUACUUGUUCACAGUCUCCUAUAACCAGCAACCACCCAAGGUAAAGGCUGCAGGUAGUGGCUCCUUCCCGCGCGCGCCAUUGCCCAGCUGGCACCACCACCACAACCAACAACCCCCACCACCGCCAUCUCGACUUGCAACAACCUCGACGCGAUAACGCGGGCAUCGCACCAUCACCAACCAUGUCGCGCCCACCAAUAUCCUACCCGAUCCAGUCGCGCACGUCAGAGUACGACGACACGGCGAGCAUCCGCCCGCAGUUAGAACCGAGCGCGUUCCCGCGCGAGGCUGCCAGCGCUACGCCGCGCAAUGCGAGCGGGCACGCGCGUGGUCCGGCCUCGGCGCUCGACUCGUACAUCACGCGCCUACUGGUCGUCACCAAGCAGCUGUUGCAAGGGCUGGAACAGUGGUGCCAAGGGACGUUAUCCGAAGAAGACGUCAGCGACAUCUACGUGCGCCUGGGCAACGGCUUUGAGCUGUGCGUCACGUCGUUUAGGAAAGCAGGCAUCUCGACCUCGGACCUCGACUCUGUGCCGCGCGACCUGCGUGAGAUCCUCGAGCGCGCUCUGGCCGAGGACCCGUCCCAGGAGACAUUAAACCUGUACUUGCCCGACAUUCGCGCCAUCAUCUUCAGCCUCUUGUCCGGGCUCAAGAACAAGCAGAUUGCCUACAAACGCUUGCUCACUGAGCGGCAGACGCCCGAGACGACGUUUACGCCGCUGGAAGCCGGUACCCCGAGCCGGCCGCCGCGCCUCUCGGAAUCCGGACCAGACUCGGCAGCUAGGAUCUUUGUCUCUGAUGCGCCUGCGAGCCCCGCCUCGAGCUCGUCGCACCUCCCCAUAGGGCCCGGGCCGUCCCGCUCCCAGCCAACCGCAUCGGCGCUCGCAGAGCGGAACCAGCAGCGCACGCCGGCCACCAACCGUCCAGCACCGCCCGACGCGUUCCGCCCCCCACGAUCGCGCACCGACAAUGGCUCGACGUCGGGCCCCAGGCCUGAUCCGUCGACCCUCCAGCCGCCCGGCUCGGCGUCGAGCGACAAGCGCCCCCUCCCCUCUCAGCCCGCCCUCCAGCAGUCGACCUCCGCCCCGUCCCCCACACUGCAGGCACCGCCUCUCCCGUUCACAAACCGCCCCCCACAGCGGACUCAGCCUCACCCAGACCGCUUCAGCCAUGAGAGCCAGUUACGAUCCAGGUUCUCUGCCGACUCGGACCUGUCUGUCUUGACGAGGACCACGUCAGACGGGGCGUCGCUCGCCAAGUCGCCGUCUACCAUGUCUAAAGAGUCGACGGCGAGCGGCGGACCGCCCAUGUUGCCCACGCUCAACCUCCCCACCAACAUCAACCUGGAUGAAGGGGGUGCAUCUGCUCGCUCGUCGUUUGCUGCACUCCAGCGGUCUGAUGCCUUGGAACGUCGAGCAUCCAAGCGUUUCUCGUCCUACACGUUCAAUAAGAUGCUACCGAGCUCACCGACGUCGAAGAAGGCGCAGCAGAACGGCAGCCCACAACGCCCGGCACGGCGGUCCGACAGGUUCCCUCCGAUGCCUGCGCUCAUGGAGGACGCGAACGGCGUGGCGGUGAGCCCCGAGACGCACAUCAACAUUGGCUCCCCGACGCCUGGAUCAACGGCAGCUACGGAGACGCUUCCCGUCACGAUUCCUGGCAGCAGGUCGGAGCCGGAUCUCUCACCACCGGCCAUGUCCGACCUCGCUCGCACAGCCAGCAACGAGCUGGGCGGCCAGCCCGUUGCCGACGCCAUGGCUGCCGAGGUCUCGGGCGGUGACACACUAAAGGGCUCCCAGGCGGCCGCUCUGCAGCAGCUCCAGGCGGGAUCGGUCACGACGCUCAAGAUCUACCUCCAGCUUGGACGCCAGGUCAAGAAGACUCCUGUGGAACUUCCCCUCACCAUGUCGGCGUUGCGUCUCCUCUUCAUGGAGCGUUUCGAGUACGACCCAGGAAUGGAGGACUUCCCAGACGUCUACAUUCGUGAUCCCCGAACUGGUGUCCAGUACGAGCUGGAGGACAUGGAUGACGUCAAGGAGGGAUGUGUGUUGACACUUGAUAUUGAGCCCCUUGAUCAGGUCAAGCAGCACUUUGACAUUACAUUCGCCUCGCUUGCCCAAGACAUCAAGGAGCUCAAGCAGUCGCUCAACCAGUCAAAGAGAGUGUCGACUCAGAUUCCCUCGCACCCCUCGCUCCUCACCGUGUCAUCGCCCCAGCCAUCCCGGGCAAUCGAGAAGAGCCCCGAGCUUCCGCCUCAAGUCACACCCAGAGCUCCGCCAACGGCGACCUUUGGACCGCCCCACCCGGACUUGCAGACCCACUACCAAGAGGUUCAGGACCUUCGUCGUGACCUCGCAGUCAUGCGCCAGCUGCACCUCGACUUCUUGUCACAGACCAAGGAGUCGUUCGGUCAGCUGCGUGCCCAGAACCUGGCCAUGCGUGAGGUGGUCAAGACCAAGAUGGGCGGUAACCGCGCGCUGCUGGACAACAGCAAGUCGAAGCUCGAGCAGCAGUGCCAGGACACUAUUCAGUCUGUUGAAGAGGUGUCCGACAUCAUUGAUGGCUCGCGUGAGGACGCUUUGCGCCGCGGUAUUAUCCCGAGCUCGUCCAAGAUGGAGAAGGUGCGGGCCGACCUUGAGAGCGCCGCCAAGCUGGUGGACACGUUUGCCCACGACGUCACGCUGGCCGAGCCGACGUGGCGUGCGACGUGGUUGUCCGAGCUGCAGCGCGUUACCGAGGAGCAGCGCCUUCUCGCGUACCAGAACAAGCUCGCUGCCGAUCUCAAGAACGACAUCAAGGACGCCACGGAGAUGCUGGACAAUGUCCAGGCGUUCGUCGUCAACAAGCAGGCGACUGGCGGCCGCAAGUUCCGUCCGCCGUCGCCCGAGGCGACCAACCCCGCGGGCGGGAUCAACAACCUUUUAUUGGAGAUUCGCACCAAGGAGACGAACCCGAACGCGCGACUCAAGGCGAUCGAGGAGCAGCAGCGUGUUCGCGAGCGCGAGCUUGCCAACAAAACGGACGAGUUCCAGAAUGAGUUGAGCGGGUUUGUGGCCGGCAAGAAGCUGCGCAAGACUGGUGGCACGGAAGAGACGGAGCGUGUGCGGGCGCGCAGAUCCGAGAAGACGCUCAAGCGCAUGUUGACGGCGGAUACGGAGGUGGAUAGCCCACCGCUGGGCGACUUGACGCCGCAGCUGACGGGCGGGACGCGAGCGGUGAGCGAGGGUGCGCGGUCGCGCAACUCUGGGUCGUCGACGGCGGAAGCCGGUGGUCUGGCCGGUCUGGGGCUGGAGAAGUAGCGCGGGCAGAUGCCACGACUGUCACGUAUAACCUAAUGUACA